AUGGCUUCAGGUCAAACAUUCCGGUUGAGUAGCGGCUAUAGUAUGCCCGCCAUUGGCCUGGGCACAUGGCAAUCAAGGAACGAUGAAGUUCGCGACGCAGUAAAGACAGCCCUGGAAGCAGGCUACCGACACAUCGAUGCGGCAGCUGUUUACGGCAACGAAAAACAGGUUGGAGAUGGAAUCAAGGCGUCCGGGGUACCACGCGGAGAGAUAUUCGUAAGUAUCCCCCAGUUUGCAUGCUCCCCAAAAAAGUUGAUCAAGUUGUGGAACACGCACCACGAAUCUGAACACGUUGAAGCGGCCUUGAACAAGUCACUCGCUGAUCUCCAAACUGACUACCUUGACCUCUACUUGAUCCACUGGCCGGUAUCAUUUCGGCACUCUAACGAGAGCUUGGAAAAGCACAAACGUAUGAACUUCCCCGCAAGACUUGGUGUUGACAUAUUUGGUGAAGUUGGCGAGGCCAGCGCCCAGCAGAGUGCACGGGAAUGGGCAGAACAGCAGAAGAAAAUUGGAAAAUAA